CGUAAUAAUUUCUCUUGUACGUAUUCGUUAAUGUUUCUUCUCAUACGGAAAAAAAUAAUCAGUAAAUAGUCAAGAUAACGAAUACUAAGCACCACACGUUUGUAAAGCUUCCAUGACAUUUUUUACGCCUGAAUAAAUUUGCACUUUUUUAAUAGCGUAUUAUUUACAUUGUAUGCAAACUGGCAAGUGCUUCCAAAAAGUUGCUGAAGGCAUGGAUGUAGCUUUUGUUGGUGAAUGAAACCGGAAAGAUGAGGUUAAACACACAGCUGAUUCGUUCCAGAUCGAAAGGGCCUUUGCAAACUGUUGAAUAUUUGGAUUUAUCAAACUCAGGAAUAGAAACAAUAGAAAAAUUAAACAGCUGUGCCAAACUUCAUACUCUAGAUCUUCGUGGAAAUGCAUUAUACGAAGUGGUUAACUUAGAAUCUUGUCAGCAAUUAUGGAAUAUUGAUCUAAGUAAUAAUGAGUUGAAGAGCCUAGAUGGGUUAUCAAAAUUUGUCGCUCUUGGAAACUUGAAUUUAUCAAAUAAUGACUUGACAUGGCAUGAACUUGGAAAAAUUAGACAUUUACACAUCCUCAAUCUUAGUUUCCAUGGAAAUCGUCAGCUCGAGAAAGAUCCUUAUUAUCGCAUUCAUAUAGUAGAUUGUUUACCUCAUGUUUGGAUGUUAGACGGAAGAUUAAUAACAGCUGGAGAGCGACUUCAAGUGAAGAAUUUCUUCCAUGAAUCUGCAUUAACAGAACAUCCCAUUAGACACAAAUUAUCAAAAGACUGGUUCAUACCUACAGCAAUGAAGAGAAUAGACAUGACAGGAAUAUUUGGUGAUAAGGCAACUCAUGUAAUGACAAAAUUCCCAGUGAAUGGAAUGCACAAUGUCGAAACAGACAGGAGAAGACUUAAGUAUAUAGCCUAUAGCUUACAAGAAGAUUUACUCAUAGAAAAGAAAUACACUCACAAUGAUUAUCAGAUUUUGCGGUAUCACAAAAGCUUCAUGGAAGACAUAUUGUCUAGUCGACCACAGGACCGUGAAAGAUGUAAUAUGUUGUUAAUGUUAUUAGUUGCCUCAUUAGAAUUUGUUAUGCCAACUCAUUUAAUGAAAGAUACAUUAGAAACAACGAAGCUUAGUAAAGUUGGGAAUGUGUUUACCAUGGAUAUAUUUUUAUUAUCACGAGAUGUUCGGUGUUAUAUUGUGUCCAUUUUAUUGGGAGCUGUUAAAGUGGACAAAGAUGACAAAGAGGCAUGUAAUGAUGGAGGUCUUUAUGACAAGUUGUAUUUGUGUUUAUUUUAUACCAUAUCAGAACUUACCAAACUUAGUCAUGCUGUUGAUAAAAGAGAAUGUGCCAUUAAAUCUAAACUUAAUACUGUCUACAGAGACUAUAAAUGUUUACUUGCCUCAGAAGUUGUACAGCUGUUGUGUAUUGUUCCUACAUUCUUUGACUACAUAACAAAAGAUAUAGGUGUUAUGAAUUUAGUGAUAACAGCAACUGGUGAUAAAGAUGUAACAGAAAAAAUAAACAAAGUUUCUGUCGCUGUUAAAGAGGAGGGGGGAGAUGUCAACAAAAUGUAUGAGGAGUUAUCUGCUCUUCUGCUGCAGAAAGUUCAGGAACAGUCUAAAAAUAUCAGUAACCAAUCACCACGGCUAUCAUCGUCUGAUAUAAUUCUCAGUCCAACCAAACUAUCUCCUGUUAAAUCUAUCAACCCCGUAGAUGUAGCAGAUUUCCACAUGAGAGGAGUAACUAGUCCUGAAAAAGACCCUCCUAGAGUCAUCAGUGCCAGAAAACCUGCAGAACGAUUCCCAAAACUUGGAGAUUCCUUGUUACUUGGACCACAGACUCUUGGUAAAAUUGUUUCAUUGCCACAACCAUUUGUUGCUCUUGUUGCUAUGGAUUCUGUCCCAGCUGCCAAUGGUGCUAUGCAAAGUAAAUUAAAGAGUAGUGAGGACCAUUAUACUUAUGUUAACAUGGACCAGUUACUAUGGGACCACAAUAUGCACUUUUGGAAACCCAAAGGAGCUAUUGGUGACAGUAUACUGUUGGAGUAUUUAACCAACUGUAGAUCGUCAUCAAGGUUAACUAUACACACUGUUGAAGAUUUACAAAAGGAGUUAGAAAGAAAAGCCAACAUGGCAGACAGACAGUUGAGACCUAAUUCCCCUGAUUGGCAGGCGAGUCAUGGCACAGAACCUCUUAUUUACUCCCCUAGACAUCCUCCACCUUCAUCAGCACCACCUAGACCAAAGUCAAAUCAGGGCACUCCUAGGCCAAUGUCAUCACUAUUAAAAGAAAAACUAGAUCUAAAAUUAGAUAUGAGUAGAAGAACAGAGUCAGCUGCUGGUUACUUGGAGGCCAGACAAAGCAGUGAGAAUAUAACUAAACCUUCAUCACCACCAACGAGUAUAUCAGGAGAGACAGAUGGUCCAGGUGAAUGUUACCAUUGUGCUCUAGAGGCAGCAAAGUCAAAUGAAGAAAAGGAGAAUAUUAAAUCCUCACCAGAUGGCCACCAUACACAUCAUCAUCAUGACCAUAAGCAAGAUGAAAAGGAAGAAAAAAAGGAUAAGGAAAAAAUAGGAUCAGAAGAAAACCUGGUACAUAAUUCAGCAACAGAAAAUUCCACUAAUGAACAGUUAUCUAACAAAGAAAACAAGGAACCAAAAAGUUUUAAAGAAAAGUAUGAAAAAUCCAAAAUUACACCAAGAGAAACUAAGACAACAGAUUCAGCAAGGGAAAGUAUGAGUGCUCCCACUUUACAGAUUCAAAUUCCAUCAUCAGUUGAUAUAAAGGAAGAGGUCAAAGGUAAAGAAGUGAAAUCUAAAGAGGUUACAAGCACAAGAGCCAGCAAUAUCCCACCAUCUGAUGGUAUGUCAUCUGAUAGUACUCAUCCACAAACCUCCAGCAGAGGAAAGGCAGCAUUCAUGAUCUCAGGUACUAAGCCUGUAACUGGAACAAGACCAUUUUCAGCAGUUGAUGCUUACAAGUAUAUUGUGGCUCACCCUAUAAGACAGCCAAAUGGAUCAACAGAAAAUAGCUUCUCAACAUCUUACCAGCAACAGAGAACAGAAUCGUGGAAACAGAAUGUCACAGCACGUCCUAAUACUACUGCACCUUCUACAGACGUUUUAUUGAGUAUAAUCGCAACACCUGCUCCUAGUGUGAUCAUGCCAGCCCUAGGAUUCCGUGGGAGAUCUGCCAGAAGAAAGUCACCUCCUCCUCAAAGACCAUCGUCUCCUGCUAGCCGUGGAAUACCUCCUCACCACAGACCUAAAAGUGCUGUUCUACAGGUCAGAGCUGGAACUGAAUGGUUGGCUGGAGGACGUGACCUUCACUGGGAAAAGAUGUCACAACGACCUAGAAAUUCACAUGUCCCUGGAUGGAAAGAUGGAUUACCAGAUAAUUUUCAGAGGCCAAAGUCAGCUGUUGCCAAUAGGACAUAUAAAAGAUCAAGGGCCUCAACUCCUGUCACACCAUCAUCACUUGCAUAUGAUAAUAUGAUACAUGCUGACCAAUCUGUUGAAGUAGACGAAGACAUGAAAAUAAAAACUUUGAAAACUGAUAUUUUUCGAUUCACUCCCCCCUGCAGUCCUCGUGCCAAUAGCCCUAUAAAGAUUCUACACUGCAUCAUUGAGACAGAAGAUACAGCACUCUGUUCCAGAGCACAAACUCCUACUCUACAAGAUGUGCCAACUUAAUAAUACCUCAUCAAUUCAUUAUGAUUAUCUUUAAUCUUUAAUAUUAUCAUCAAUUUGUUUCCUGUUUUAUUGUGGUAAUUCUUCAUUAAAGGAAAAAUUUGCAAAAAAAAUAAAAUUUGAUAUUCUGUUCAUCCUUGAUAAAUAAGCAUAUUCCAAAAAUAUUAAAGGUUUAUUGGACAAAUAAAAAAAAAAUGAUUAUCUUGUAUAUGUUCAAGCACUUAAACUAUUAAGUUUAUGGAUUUUUUAUUUACAUUAUUUAUAUUUUUGUUAAUAAGUGUGACUGUCCAAAUUGUGAUAUUGAAUAGUGUGACAUUAAAUUUCAGUAUCUUUAUUUAAACCAUACUGAGGAGCUUUAAUUAUGUAUUCUAAAUUGUUAAGUCCAUUUUCUCUUUUAUUUAAACCAUUAUUCUCUGUUCUUUUUGUUUUAGUACCCUCUUAAUUAAGAUCCUAUUAAAAUUAGGGGUCACAUUGUGAGCCCAUUUUUCUGUAUUCUUUUUACCAAAACCAGACCUCAUUGCUUUGAAAAUAUGAAAUGAAAUUAUACAUUCUCUUUGAAUGUUUUUUAUAUAUUUUAUACAUUAAAAUGUGACAAAUUUCAUAUUGGUAGAAUAGAUGACAUUUAAUGUUUGCCAAAUAAUAAUAUAAUGCUUUUAUGAUUGGAAACAAUUGUACUAAAUUUUGGUGGUUUAUAUAUUGCUGCAUGUUAGUCUUUCAGAGCAUUUGUGUAAGGCAUUACAAAUGAGUUAUAAUAUGUUGAAUGAAAUUUUUCUAAAGAUGUUUAAAGAGUCUUUUGCUAAAAUAAAUACUAGAAGCAGAUGCAUUACUUAAUGUUUGUCUAUUUAUGUGUGUGUGUUUAUUGUUGAUUAAUUUCUUGGUCAGAUAUCAUGACCAUGUAUGUCAUUUGACUUUUGUUAGAUUGAUAUAUUCAUACAUUGUGCAUACACAUUUUUGUGUAUAGAUAUAUACACAUGUUGUUGUUGCUUUUAUAUGUAUAUCUGAUGUGUCAAUAAAUUUUACAUUACAAUUUUAUACAAUGAUUCAUUCCGUCCACUUUUAUGAGAUGCCAAAUAUUAUGAUUAACGAAUUAAGAAAUGUUUUUUUUUUGUUAUUUUCUGUUAAAAAUUGUUUUGUCCAUUUUAAUGAACUCUUCCUGAAUAAUGAACAUUAAAUGUUAGAUUGCAGUGAUUACUUGUUUACAGCUAAUUUUGUAUGGCAAAUGUUAAAGUUCCUCAAAUUUGAUGAUAAAGUGUAAGCAGUUUGUUAAGUUUAAGAAUAAUUACAUUCAUGCUGUAUAGUAUAUCCUCUAUGAGGUGGGCUUUAUUGAAUCACUCAUCUAUAUACUACAUUAAAAAUGUUUUAUAACUAAUGCAUCACAAAACUGAAAUUUUGUCAGAGGCUGUUAUAACGUUUUCACAACUCCCUAAAUGAAAUUGAAUUGAUAUAAUUGAAUAUAUUUCAUAUCUUACACGGAAAUCUUCCAACAAAAACCAAAUUUCAAUAAAAUCCACCUGACAGUUUAGUAAAAUAAAUAGUAGCUUUCCUAUAAUAUUAUGAUUCUAUUGAAAGAGAUCACUGCUUUCAUUUCCCUUGAUAUCCAUUGACGAGGAGUUUUGUUGAACCAGGUCUUGCUUAUGUUUAUGUGAUAGUAAGUUUUAUUAUAUUUUAUAGAUAUAUUGAGUAGUCUAUUUUUUUUUACAUUGUUGAUAUGGUUACAUGACAUUUAUGGGAUCAAACAAAUAAAUUUAUAGAAAUGUU